GACCUGCGAGCCGGACGCGGGGAGUCGGUGGUCGUCGCCUUCCGCGAUUCCGCUCGGGUACGGUAUGGUUCCGCGCAGCCCCUGGCAGAGGACAAGCCCUGGGCGCCGGGGGUGGUAGCAGCCAUGCAUCCGUGAGUGCCGCGAGGCACCGCGCCGAGCAAUAUUUCAAUAAGCAGUGAAGUGCUUAUGAAGUGAACUGAAAUAAGUGAUUCCAUGGAUCCUUUGGGAGCUCCUUCCCAUUUUGUGGAUAUCAAUACUUUGCCAGGAUGGUCUAAUUACCACAAUGAGGACCAAUCAAACAGCUCUCAUUUACCAGUCAAAGGGGGAAAAGUUGAUGUUCGAUCACCCUUUCCAUAUAGGGAAGACAUCAAUGCAAAGAUAAUAUUAUGGAGAGGCGACGUAGCAUUGCUGAACUGCACAGCUAUAGUAAACACCAGCAAUGAAUCCCUCACGGAUAAGAAUCCGGUCUCUGAAAGUAUCUCCAUGCAUGCAGGACCUGAUUUAAAAGUUGAACUACAGAAACUUAAAGGUUGUCGGACAGGGGAAGCAAAGUUGACCAAGGGGUUUAAUCUUGCUGCCCGCUUCAUUAUUCACACUGUGGGACCCAAAUAUAAAAGCCGAUACCGAACAGCAGCAGAGAGUUCCCUGUACAGCUGCUACCGCAACAUCCUUCAAUUUGCAAAGGAACAAGCAAUGUCUUCAGUGGGAUUCUGCACGAUAAACACUCUGAAACGUGGUUAUCCUUUAGUGGAUGCAACUCACAUAGCAUUGCGUACAGUCCGACGAUUUUUAGAGAUUCAUGGAGAAACCCUUGAAAAAGUAGUGUUUGCUGUUUCUGAUCUUGAGGAGCCUACUUAUCGGAAGAUGCUGCCUCUGUAUUUUCCAAGAUCACUGGCAGAGGAGAGAGAGUCCCUGCCUUUGCUUCCUGAAGAUAUAGGAAAUGCAGAAGGAGAGCCCGUUGUGCCAGAGCGUCAGAUUAGAAUUUGUAAAAAGCCAGGUGCUCCAGAGGAUAAUUCUGAUGAAGAGGAGCUAGAAGCUGACUUCUCAUUUAUUGGUUCUCAUGCUUUUGCUCGAAUGGAGGGAGAUGUUGAUAAACAGAGGCGUCUUAUCCUUCAAGGACAACUGUCUGAGGCAGCACUUCAGAAACAGCAUCAGAGGAAUUACAACCGUUGGCUUUGUCGAGCAAGAGCUGAGGACCUGUCAGAUAUUGCUUCACUUAAAGCAUUGUACCAAACAGGAGUUGACAACUGUGGUCGUACAGUGAUGGCUGUUGUUGGAAGGAAUAUUCCUGUAACCCUUAUAGACAUGGAGAAGGCUCUCCUGUACUUUAUCCAUGUGAUGGACCAUAUUGUAGGGAAGGAAUAUAUUAUUGUUUAUUUCCAUACGCUCACUAAUGUCUACAAUCACUUAGACUCAGAUUUCUUGAAGAAGCUCUCUGACAUUGUCGAUGUGAGGUACAAAAGAAAUCUGAAGGCGUUGUAUUUUGUCCAUCCAACAUUUCGUUCAAAGGUUUCAACGUGGUUCUUCACAACCUUUACUGUCUCAGGUCUAAAGGACAAAGUUCACCAUGUGGAAAGCCUCCAGCAGUUGUUCACAGCAAUACCCCCUGAACAAAUUGACUUUCCUCCAUUUGUUCUUGAGUAUGACAUCCGGGAAAAUGGACCAUACUAUUCUUACCCUUCUUCUCCAGACCUCUGACUCUUCAGCUCUGCCAUUGUUUCUGAUUGCUCAACAAUCUUUCACAUGCUGCUUGCCAUUACCAUAUCAAGUCAAUCUAAGUUAUUUACAGAGUUCAGAGACAGGGCUUUCUUCCCCACCUCUGCUAUUUUUUUACAAUGAGAUAGUUGCAAGGACACAAGCAAUCAGAAAACUACAGGGUAAUGAACUGUAUUUCAGAUCUAAGUAUCCAGGAGAAAAUGGAUUUUCCAUGUGGGAACAUUCUUUUUUCUUUUACAAGAUGAUUCCCUUGUUACUACCGUUGUAUUUUCCCGAGACAUCAGUGGCCACCUUUUGGCACAAUCUGCAGAUACUCUUGUGGGGUGGCAUGGAGGGGGGAGAUGCAGUAUCCAUUGUGUUCUGUGGCCUUUGUAUAUUCAAUCCACUGUUAAGAAAGAUAUAUUUACAGAAUUACCUUUAGAAAUUUCUGAGAGUGGCAGAACUAUUUGUAAAUUGUAGAGUUACCACAAAAUACUUAAGCUAAAGGAUCUGUCAUCUGUUUUCUGUCUUGCCAAAUGAUGUGAGAUGUAAAGGAUGUGCUGCUGUGGGCCACCUGUACCCUCCUCGUCCAGUAAAAUUCAAGGGCAUGUCAGGACUGCCUGAUGUGUUUUGCAGUCAUUUGGGGAAUAAUACAAAGUGUUGAUUGCAAAUUGGAAAAUUAAUUUAUGUCAUUGAAGAAAUUCAGCCAUUCACUUUUUGUUUUGAAAAUAAAUUUAUUUGUACGCA